AUGACGAAGACGCAGGAAAACAGUGAAGCACUUAGAACCAACACUUUGAAUCUCGAUGGGAAUCCGAAAAUAGGUACCUUCUUUAACAAAGAUGGGUUGUCAUUGCGGACGUACGAAUGGGGGGUAGAAAACCCUAGGGGCAUUAUCAUAUUAAUUCACGGGAUAAAGUCGCACGUAAGAUUAAGCUUUUUAAAACCUAACGUGGAAAUAGUGAGUAACGAUAAGGCUAUACUAAUAGAUGGGGAAAAUUACUAUCUGUAUAAGGGCAGUUGGGUAGAAGAGUUUAACAGAAAUGGGUAUUCAGUGCACGGCAUGGAUUUACAGGGUCACGGAUUAUCAGAGGGAUGGGAGAAUUUAAAAGCCCACAUAAAAGAGUUCGACGAUUAUGUGUAUGAUGUGGUGCAGCACAUUGCUAUCAUUUUAAAGCAUUUCAACUCGAAGGGUAAAGAAAGAGGUACGCUGCCUAACAAGGAACACUCCCCAAAUGGCAAAAACCUUCCCAUAUAUUUCAUUGGGUAUUCACUGGGGGGGAACGUAGCAUUGAGAAUUUUACAAAUGAUGGAAGAUUCAAAGGAUGAAAUCGUUAGGAGUAUUAAUUUGAAGGGGUGCAUAUUGUUAGCCCCGGUGAUUCUUUACAAGGAACUAGCUAAGCCAGAUUCCUUUGCCUUUAAAUUUGUUUGCUUACCAGUGUCGAAAAUGCUCUGCAAAAUAAUUCCUAGGUUUCAACUUAAGAGCGAACCCGCCUAUCAAUCCUUUCCCUUCGUUAUAGAUAUUGGGAAAUAUGACGCCCUGAGAUAUAAAGGUGGAAUAACAAUACAAUUUGGGUAUGAGAUUUUAAGAUCUAUGCAUAUUUUGCGCAGCGGUGUAAACCGCAUUUCGAAAGAAGUUCCGCUACUCUUUAUUCACUCCAGGAGGGAUAGCAUUUGUUACUAUGAUUACGUUUUGUCAUUCUUUGAAAGGUUAGAAGUGAGGAAUAAGGAGAUGUACACGCUUGAACAUAUGGACCACGCAUUGACGAAGGAGCCGGGGAACGAGGAAAUUCUGCAGAAGAUUGUCGACUGGAUAGGGGCUUUGCCAGUGGGGUAG